AUGCAAAACACGUACUUAACUCCAAGAGAUCGUCCUGUAGUUGUAACCCAAACUGGGGUGAAGACUACCCAAAACAGUCAGAUAAAUGACAGCCAGUAUCAACGAAAACUGAAAAGAAGGCAUUCUUCUAGCUCUUCAGACUCCUCAUCAAGUAGCGGCCAGGACAUUGAAACCGACACUUCAAUGGAAGAAGGAAAGAUUGUCGAAGAAAAUCCUGAAGAAAAGCGCCAGGAAGAACAGAAAAGAAUGAGAGAGGCUGAGCAAGAGAGAAGUCCACGAACAGCAAAGGAUAAAAAGAAGCAGAAGAAGGAAAGAAAGCGCAAAGAGCUCGAGCAAGCAGAAGAAGCUAUUAAACGCAUGCAGGAAAGAGGACUGAAUAAGAAGACUGAUGAGCCCAUCAAAAAGAAGAAAAUAAAGUUAAAAAAAGAAGAAACUGGUGGUGUGAAAGAAGAUGAAGAAGAAAGCACCAGUCCUACCCAAGACAUUAAGACUGAAGUAAAGAAACAAGAAGUCAAGAAAAGAUCUAGCUCCUCUGAUUCUUCCGAUUCUUCAACUUCAGAUAGCAGUGAUGAAGAAGCUCUGAAGAAGAAAGUAAAGUCUAAUGUAAAGAAGUCAAAGACUCAAGCCCCAAAGCCUAGAGCUAAUAUUAAGAAAGAAGAAUUAUCAAGUUCAAGUUCUAGUAGUUCUUCUGAAUCAGACACUUCAACAGAAACAAGUGAGGAAUCUUCUGAUUCUGAAGGUGGCAAGCAUAAAAUCCGAAAGGUCAAGAACGAAUCAGAUGAAGAUGCUGAUUUCGUUGUUGGAGGUCCCAAAGCAGAGGAGCAAUACAACAGACAAAAGAAAAAGCUUCGUAAAAAAGAAAUCAAACAGAAAAACAUGCAGAUCACUCCUGAUGAGUAUGAAGACCAGAUCUGGAUGGCUUACAUGGAACCUCAGUACGAAGGUGAUAAACUAGAUAAGGUAGAGACUUCAGUGAAUUACAAGCAUAUGAUUCAGGCCCAAAAGAGAGCUCUAGCAAUGUACGAGAGAAGGAAGAAUGCUAAGCCUCGUAAGAAGCCAGUACGAAAGAAAGAUCUUCCUGCUGUUACGAAAAACUGUUCAAUUCUUACUCGAGAAAUUGACCAAAAGAAACCUAAAGAAAAGAAGAGCAAAUAUGUUGAAUCGGAUACAGAGGAUGAUGAGAUGUUCAAAGAUGAUGAAGAAUACCAACGAAUCAAGAAAUCUAAAGAAGAUUACCGGCUCUGGAAACUCAGAAUGGAGAGUAAAUGCCACUUCCCUAAUGUUCUAACUAUCAAGAAGCAAGCUCUUGGUGAAAUCGAGCUGAUCAAAAAGCAUAAAAGGAAGAGCAAAUCAAUGGUGAGAAUCAAAAAGAGGAAGGUUGUACAGCCAGAAACAGAGACUAAACCUGAAGAUUUGAAGCCAGAGAAAUCUUCCAUCAAAAAGGCUUCCAAAAAUCAGAAAAUGAAGGAAAGAGUCGAAAAAGAGGUUGCUACAAAGGAAAAAGAAACAGAAAGUACUUCCUCAGAAAAUGCUCAAAGCAGCUCUGAGGAUGCAGAAAUGGAAUCUGAAGAAGGAAGUAUCGACAAAGAGCAUAGAAAAGAAGCUAAGAAUAAGGAUCAAACCUCUGAAGAAGAAAGCAGCCAAGAAUCUGAUGUCGAAAUAGAAGAAGAAAGUGAGACUGAGCAAUCACAGGAAUCUGAGAAAAAGCAGAAAGAUAUUGACAUGAAAUCAGAAUCCGGAGAAUCACAAGCAAAGGAUGAAGCUGAGUCUGAAAAGUCUGAUGUUGAAAUGGAAGGGGAAGAGUCUUCAGAGAUUGAAAGCAAGAAGGAUAUUGUAAAGGCAGAUGAUAAAGAAUCUUCUGAGAAAUCUAAUGAUCAAGAAGCAACUGAAAAAUCUGAACAUGAAAAGAUAUCAGAAAAAUCUGAAGAUAAAGGUGUAGCAGAAAAAUCGGAUGAGGAUGAAAAUGAUGAAGAAAAAUCAUCUAAAGAUGUAAGCUCUAAAUCAGCAGAAAGCCCAAAGAAAAAAUCCAAAAAGAGUGACAAAAAGCAAUCAAACAUCCCUUUAAAGGCUUCAAAAUCCUCUUCAUCUCAAACAUCUAAAUCCGCUUCCAAUCCACUAAAAUCAUCUUCAUCCCAUUCAACAUCCCAAUCAGCCCCUUCAGAAGCCCAUUCCAUCUCCAUCUCCUCCGAACCCACCUCAAAAUCCAUCCAAGAGCAAGAAAAACGGCUCUCCUUCAGCGACAGCGAAGCUGGCGCCAUUCCAAAGGCCAAAAGCCUUAAAAAGCCUUCAAAAUCCCCUAUCCCAGCCAAAACCUCCACAAAUACUGCUCCUAAAGCCCCUUAUUCCCCCAAGAAGCAAUCUCCCAACAAACCUUCUGCAGAGAAGCAGCCAUCCAAGAACAAGGAAGCCGAAGAAGGAGAUAAACAACAGAACAAGCAGAGGAAGGAAUCUACCAAGAAGAGGAAGACUCAGGAAGAACCUGUAGUGAAGAAGGCAACUGGGAAGAAGAAUUGAGAGAAGAAGAGAAAGAAGGCAGAGGAGUCGGAUGAGUAUGUGCCUGAUAGUGGGAAGAAGGAGUGUAGGGGACAAGGAGAGGUGAAGAGGAAGAGAGGAAGACCUAAGAAGAAGAAAGGUGGUGAAGGGUCUGAGAAGAGAAAGAGAGGUAGGCCUAAGAAGGUUUCGAGUGGGGAAGAUGGCGGAAGGAAGGAGAACAAAGGGAUUACAAAUGCUCAAAAGAGAAAAAGAGGAAGACCAAAGAAAAUAUUAUUCCAGCCUCCUAGCAAUCUUCCUGUAACCCCUCCAAAGCAUCUUAAACUUCCUUCACAUUUCCCUGUCCCUUCUCCUAACCCUAAGCUUGCUGAAAAAUUCCCUACAACAUCAAAACUUGCCAAAAAAAGUAUCUCCAAAACCUGUAAAAAAGUCAUCCCCAAAGCCUGUCAAAAAGUCAUCUCCUAAGCCCACCAAAAAGAAAUCGCCUAAACCUUCCAAAAAAUCUCCAAAACUAAUCAAGAAGUCUUCACCAAAGCCAACACAAAAGACCUCUCCUGUCAAAAAACGCAUAGAAAAAUCCACCAGAAAAGCCCUCAAGGACAUUAGCAACGGUACAAAACGGAGUUCCUCCAUCGGCUCUUCAUCCUUAACAGAUUCCACUGCUGAGAACUUCAGUGACAACACAGAGAGACCUUCUACUCUUAA